AUGUCGGAAGGCAAGACGCUCCGCGUCUUCUGCUUCGGCGACUCGCUGACGGCGGGGUACUCGGCCUACGGCGCCGUCUACCACCCGUACUCCAUCGCCCUCACCAAGAAGCUCUCGCGGGACCUCUCGGACACGCGGGUCAUCGCGACGGAUAACGGGAUGCCUGGGGACUUGGUCUCGCAAGGCGCCUUCGCCAAGCGGUUCGAGAGCGAGACGAGCCAGGCCGCGUACGACUGGGUCGUCGUACUAGGCGGCACGAAUGACCUCGCAUACAGCGUGCCGCCAGAAAGGAUAUUCGAGUCUCUCCGGCAGGUUUACGACUCGGCCAUCGCCAAGGGCUCCAAGGUCCUCGCGCUGACGGUUCCCGAGUGCGCCAACCAAGACGACGAGCUCGACAGCCGUCGCCGCCGGCUCAACAAUACCAUCCUCACACACCAGUCACCGAACUACCACGCGUUCGACCUCAACCCCAGAAUCCCCUACCACUCCCUCACCGAGCGGGAGCGCCAGCGGUACUGGGACGAUGGCCUACACCUCACGGUCGCAGGCUACGACUGGAUGGGCACCCACGUCGCCGAGGCCCUAGGCGACCUUGUCGAACUGGAGCGGAACCCGAACUCGCGGAGGGCGCGGCGCGCGCGGCGCCAUGUCGAGGAGGAGAUUUGCUUCGACGAGGAGGACGGCGACCCGCGGUCGCUGAGCGGGGGGUACGUGUUUGUGAGGAUGAGGGACUUGAAUUAG